AUGUGUUGGUCUAAGCAACAGCCAAGACCACCAGUCCAUUCAAAUUCUUUAGAGGCUUUCAUCUGCAGAAGGGAGAAAAUGGCAGCUUUUCAUCUUCGAUCUAUCAGCUUACCCUCUAGAUCUCAUCCUCUCGCAGUAAACAUUGAGGAGCAGUUGGGCAAGUUGAGGGCAUCACAAUACUCAUCAAUAGGACACAAAUUGAGUGGUCUGAAGAAUUUGUUUGAGUCUGUUGAUGAUUUUCUUCAACUGUCAUUUGCCCAACAGACAAUCUCCAAUGAGAGGCAAAGCCAGUCCAUAGAAAAUGCAAUGAAUGGAUCUCUGGAGCUAUUGGAUAUAUGUGAUACAACAAGAGAUUUGUUUUCACAGAUGAAGGAAUGUUUGCAAGAACUUGAACUAUCUCUACGCAGAAGAAAAGUCACAGACUCUAGCUUCACAGUAGAAGUUGAUGCAUACAUGGUCUCUAGAAAGAAGUUGAACAAAGCAAUUUGCAAGUGCUUACGAAAUUUGAAGAAAAAGGAGAAAAAUUGCACGACAGCAACCUUGGACAAUAACUCCAAUUUGGAGAACAUGAUCACCAUGCUAAGAGGAGUUCAAGAAAUUAGUCUUGUGGUGUUUGAGUCGAUCUUAUCUUUCAUUUCUCAGCCCAAGGUAAAAUCAUCGUCCUCGGGCUGGUUUGUAAUCCCAAAAUUGCUGCAGUCCAAGCGUGUUUCAUGUGAAGUGGAAAUUGAAGUCAAUGAAGUUGAAAAGAUAGACGCUGAAUUGCUUAUCCUGAAGUCAAGCAAAGACAUCAAAGUUUCACAACUUCAAAACCUUCUCAAAGAAUUGGAAGCAUUUGAGUCGAGCAUUAAAGAGGCAGAAGAGGAUCUGGAAUGCGUCUAUAGACGAUUGGUGAAAACCAGAGUUUCCCUUCUCAACAUUCUGAAUCAUUAG